CUCCGCCUGCGCCCUCAGAGAGCCACUGGACGCGCCACCAGACACGCCCGCCAGUGGGGCUUCGCUGAGCGUCCUCCCUCUGUCUCCGUGCGGCGAGCGGUCCGCCGGCCCGCGCGUGCGCCCCGGCCGACGGCCGGACCCCGCGGCGAGAGGGAGAGCGCACGGAACCGAGCGGCGCGGAGGCGGGGCCGUCUGCCCGAGCCGCGCGGAGCCUCGGGACAAUGGGGCCGCGGCGGCUGCUGCUCGUCGCCGCGGGUCUCAGUCUGUGCGGCCCCCUGCUGUCGGCCCGCACCCGAGGCCGCAAGCAAGAGUCAAAAGCAACCAAUGCUACUGUGGGUGCCCGGUCAUUUUUUUUCAAGAAUACCAACGACAGAUAUGAACCAUUCCCAGUGGAGGACGAUGAGGAGAAAAAUGGAAUUGGGUUCCCUGAAGACAGAUUAAGCUUUGUUAACAGAAGCCGUCCUCUUCAAAAACUGCCCCAUCCGUCCAUCUCGAAAGAGACCUCAGAAUAUCUGACCAGCGCCUGGCUGACGCUUUUUAUCCCCUCCGUCUAUACUGGCGUGUUCAUCAUAAGCCUUCCUCUGAAUGUCAUGGCCAUCCUUGUGUUCAUCCUGAGGAUGAAGAUCAAGAAGCCUGCCGUGGUGUACAUGUUACAUCUGGCCAUGGCGGACGUGCUCUUUGUGUUAGUACUUCCGUUCAAGAUCAGCUACUACUUCUCCGGCAGUGAUUGGAAAUUUGGGUCCGAGAUGUGUCGCUUCGUCACAGCAGCAUUUUACUGUAACAUGUACGCCUCCAUCAUGCUCAUGACAGUUAUUAGCAUUGACCGGUUUCUGGCUGUGGUGUACCCCAUCCAGUCCCUCUCCUGGCGCACGCUGGGAAGGGCCUCCUUCAUUUGUCUGGCCAUUUGGGCUAUGGCCAUCGCCGGGGUGGUGCCUCUCCUCCUCAAGGAGCAAACCAGCCAGGUGCUGGGGCUCAACGUAACCACCUGCCAUGAUGUGCUCGAUAAAACCCUGCUGGAAGGCUAUUAUGCCUAUUACUUCUCAGCCUUUUCUGCUGUCUUCUUCUUUGUACCACUAAUCAUUUCCACAGUCUGUUAUGUGUCUAUCAUUCGAUGCCUUAGCUCCUCCACUGUUGCCAACCGGAGCAAGAAGUCCCGGGCUUUGUUCCUGUCGCUUGCUGUUUUCUGCAUCUUCAUCAUUUGCUUUGGACCCACCAACAUCCUCCUGAUUGUGCAUUACUCAUUCCUUUCCCAAGAUUCCACGGCAGAGGCUGCCUACUUUGCCUAUCUGCUGUGCGUCUGUGUCAGCAGCCUAAGCUGUUGCAUUGAUCCCUUGAUUUACUAUUACGCUUCCUCCGAGUGCCAGAGGCACCUCUACAGUAUCUUAUGCUGCAGAGAAGGUUCUGAUCCCAGCAGCUAUAACAGCAGUGGUCAGUUGAUGGCAAGUAAAAUGGAUACUUGCUCUAGUAACCUUAAUAACAGCAUAUACAAAAAGCUCUUAACUUAGGAAAAGGGACUGCCAAGUUGACAAGAAAAGAUUCAAAAAGUGAGUAACCUGAGGAUUCUGUUAGUCCCUGCCAAAAAGGUAUUUGCAGUCAAAGGCAACACAUCUAUAAUUUGCAUGCCUCUUUCUUAUGAGAGCCAUUAACUGUAUCUAUCAGUUAUAGGAAAAGAAAAAAAGAACAGUGUUAUUCCAAGAGAUUAUUGCCAGUGCUACGACAAUAACUCAUUUUUUGAUAUAUUAAGGUGGCUUACUAUAUAUGUGUGUGUGUGCGUGUGCAUAUAUAUGUGUGUGUGUGUGUGUGUAUAUAUAUAUAUAUACACACACACACAUAUUUGUAUCGUUUGGAGUGCAGUAUAGAAUAGGCACUUUGAAACCCUCUCUUUUUUUCCCCCAGAGAUUAGAGGAAAUAAGCCCUAAUUUUCUGAUUUAAUGUGCAAAGUUCAGGUUGGUGGAUGAACAUCUUCAGAUGGGAUUCUGUGGUUUGGGCUUCUAUAGCUUUGGCAAAUACGCGUAUUUUGAAAUUGUUCAACAGCAGUGCUUAAGUUAUUAAGGAAUAAGACUUAGCACUAUCUGUGUGUAAAAAAAGUUCUACUGUUUCUCAUUUUAAACGUAUCAAAGUUUGAAUUCUUUAAAUCAUGAAAACAGAUAAUAUGGGUAGCAUUUUUGAAGUUUUCUGCUUUGUGUAUAGAAAGCAAGAAUGAGCAUAGAUCCCACGAGUGACCCUAGGUUGGCUUUCAAAGCAGGCUGCCCCAGAUGGAGGACUCCAAGCAAUAGAUACAAAGCAGGACUGUUUCCGACACGGACUGGUCAGAAACCCUCCAGCUAAGCCCCCCAGAGAUCCGAACCAGGACCACCACAGUGACUUUCUCCUGCAGUUCCCUCAAGGGUUGGCUAUGAACUCUGUUGUUUAUUAGAAUUUGGCAAAGUGGGUUGUGCUGUCCCAGGAGAUAAUGACCAUAAAAGACUUUUCUCUGCCCAUUUUAAGAACAUAGAAGGAAAUCCCAUUGACUUCCAGCAAUUAUCUCACAAGGACCAUUCUCAGAUGGAAGCACUCAUGGAGCAAACAUGAACACACGUUUUGUGCUCUGGUCACAGUGAUGGGUGCCGGGCAUACAGAGUUGACUACGACAGACCUGUCCUCAAGAAGAAUGAAGUAGAUCAGUACAGAGUGUGGGGUGUGUAUGAUAAGUAAAUGUGUCCUUAUCUAAAGAAGCUUUUUUAGCCUGAUGUCACCAGGCAAAUUUCAUACAAGCAAGGACUGCCAGUUGAAGACCUUUGAACAUUUGGGUUACUAUUCGCUGUGGUCAUAACUUGAGAGGAAAACAUAACACAAUACAGGAAUUACAUUUUUAAAUAAUAAAUCCUCCAUUCUUCAUUGAUUGGACACAUUUAUUUGCAAAUAUUUUCAAAUUUAAAUCAGAAAUUUUUUAAAGAAUCACUUAUGCCAGUUUGACGAGAAGUAAUAGAAGAAAAUGAAACUGACUCGGAAAUCAAGGAAAAUAAUUCUGUAUUUUCCAUUUACCUUUUUUCAAAGUUAAUGAGAUGAUUUUAAAAGCAUUUUUUAACCCCAUGAUUUGUAUCAAGUACAGAAAACCCUCAUGGAUUUGACAAAAUAAUUUGAAAAUUAGGUUGAAAUGUAUAUAUAUAUAUAUAUUUUUUUUUAUGGAUCAGUGUUGGCCUUUUAAACAAACAAAAAAUGUAAGAAAGUUUCAAGGCAAAUGUUUACCUAUUCAAAGAGCAAACUCUUUCCAAAUGCCAUAGACUAAUUUACAUAAAAGCAUAAUGUAAGUAUAAGCUAACAUUGAUUUUAUUUUUUUAGCAUUGAUUUUAUUAACUUAGUUACUGUAUUUUACCCAACUCAGUGGAGAUCUACUUGUUUAUUCAAUCUGAAAUAUUAAUAUACCUCUGACUUUAUAUGACUAUCAUUACUAUAUUAUCAGUCUGUACUUAUAUUAUGUCAUUGUUUUUAUGUUCUCUCUUUUUAAAAAAUGUACAUAACCUAUAUUAAUAAACAUGAAAGUCUGCUUGGUAA